AUGAAAAAAGUCUUUGGAAGAAACACAAAAGAGAAAAAGUCGUUGGCUCUUGCAAAAUUAUUACAAGAACAAGAAGAAAAGUUAAAGGAAGACCAAAUAGAAAGAAAACGACUCCAAGAACUAGAGGAUGCUGCGAUUGCACAAGCUCUUCAAGAGGAAUGGGAGCAGGAAAGUCAGAUUCCAACCACACAUUCGCCUGUGGUAAACAGCCCUCCCCACAACCGUUCGCCACAAUUAGGGACUCGCACAUCAUCAGCCACGAUUCAAACAUUGCAAUCAGAAAGAAAUCGUCCAUCACCAUCGAACGCUCAUAGUUCACCACCCAUUGAAAGAUCUCGCAAUUUAAACCAUACACAACCACCACCACCUUUACCGUCAAAGCCGGUAGCUUACAAUUCUGCCGACAACAAUAAUGGCUUUUAUCCUGUAUAUAUGGCAAUGCCAGAACCAUCUCCCAUGGCUUCCACUACCAGCUUAAAUCAAAGUAGUCCAAUGAAUUUUGGCUACCUCGAUCCAUCAAAUAACAAUGCCAAUAACAUUAGCAAUAAAUCACUUCCUGGACAAAACAGCUUUAGGCUCUCUGGAUAUCACCACAACCAUCGCCAUAGCCAUACCAAUCCAGUUAAUCACCCAAUUGAACCACGAGAACGUGCACAGUCCCAAGGAGCAACGUAUCCUCCUCCUCAUCAUCGACUAUCACACUCAUUUGUAGUCACACCAUCAACUGCGCCGGCCGCAGCAACAUCACACAACCAAUUUCCUUUUGGGUAUCCACCACCUCAAGCAGCUGUACCGGUUCAAAAUUAUGGUUAUCCACCACCAAUCAAUGCCACACAAAAUUUAUGUACACCAGACAUAACAGGUUAUCCAUUCACAAACGCUACACAAAAUCAUUCUACGUCUGACAUUAGCAACUCAUCUACAAACAUUACACAAAACCAGUCUACAUUUGACAUGAUCAACUCAUCCACAAGCACCACACAAAAUCCAGCUCCAACUCCAACUCCAACUCUAGCUCCAGCUCCAGUUCCAACAUCCAAAACACCAAGUCAUCGAAGGCGAGAUCAAAGCAUUCGCAUCAGUACCCAAAAUCACAUAUACUCUCAAUCGCAUAACGCAUCGUCAAUGUUUGAAAUAGAUGGCUUUACUUCACCUAUCCUUCCUAUGGAGAUGCCUACUCCACAAGCCAAAAAACAGAACGCAUACGUAAACACUAUAAACAAUGCUUAUCCUCCUCAGGAUUCUUUUCCUCCUCCUCCUUCUCAUCGUCAUAAUCAUCGCCAUCAAACGCCUUCUUCCCAGACCAUUAGACCAGUAUCUACUGUUGGAGAUCUUCCUACACCUCCUGCUGAAAUUAUUUUUAGCAAACCUCAUGAGCAUAUUGAAACAAUAAACAAGGCAGGUCCUUCAGACUCUGUUCUGUCUCUUAUUGAGGAUCUCCAAGGGCACGAAUUACUUGGCAAUCACAGCCCAGUCCAGAAAUCUGGGUCUGUGACGGUGAUUGAGCCAAAAUUACUUUCCAGACCUUCGGUAAAGCCAUUCUCUGGAGAAGACAGCGAAAAUCCUUUUGCAGAUUCAUUUGCGGCAGAAGAGCCAUUUGAAGAGGAAUCAUAUGAAUCUUUAUCUAAACCGGUAUCAACCGGAACAUCAGAACCACUCAGCGAUAAUGCCCAACCUGUGACCCGAAGGUAUUCCCAGACAAAAACGAUCUUACCUGCACAGCUCAAGCAGCGACAGUCAACAUGCGCUACAGUAGUAGAGCCAAAUUUCUUGAGUAUGGCAGCAAGAAGCACAACCCCUGUGCGGAGAAGUGAAAAUAUAUCUAGUUUGGAAUUUACCCCAACAUCAUGGGCAACAAAGGUCCCAGUAUCGGGCUCAGGGUCAGGGUCAGGUUUAGGCCCGGUAUCAGUCCCAGCCUCAGGUGCGAUAUUGCCCCCGUUGAAACAAAAAGCGUCCGGGGCGUUGGUUGUUGAGCCCCGUAUAUUUAAUGUAGAAACUCAAAGUCCAAGAGAGCACAUACCGGCAAUAGUGUAUCCCACCAUGAACGUACGGGCCGGUCCACCUAGUCAUGAGAGUUACCCGACCCAAAAUCGCCAAACAAUCACAAGAGAAGUUACUCUGGAUGACUAUUAUAUUAAAAAUAUCCCGUUCAGAUCUUCAGUGGCCAACAAAUCUUUACCAUCAGUUCCAGAUGGUCUUCUCAAUCCAAAAUAUUAA